AUGAAAUGCAAGGGGGAAGGCUGUAAACAGAAGUGUGAUACUGGAGUUGAGUUGUGUGAAUUGAAUCUGGAGUGUAUAGGUAACGAUUGUGACCAAACCUGCACGGCUAACACGUGUAAACUGAACUGCAGCGGGAAAUUUUGUAAAACGCAGAAGUGCCUUAAAGAAGGCGGACUUGCAUGCGAAAUGGAUUUAGAAUGUAACCAUCAGGAUUGUGAACAAAUCUGCAACGCUGAUAAAUGUAACCUGACCUGCAGCGGGGAAAAAUGUAAAACACAGAAGUGCGAAGGUGAAGGAAAUGUAUGUGAAAUGGAUCUGGAAUGUAAUGGUAGGGAUUGUGAUCAAACCUGCAAGGCAAACAGGUGUAAAAUGAACUGCAGCGGGGGAAAGUGUAAAACACAGAAGUGUCAAGGUAGAGGAUAUACAUGUGAAAUGGAACUAGAAUGUCAAAAUCAGGAUUGUGAACAAAACUGCAACGCUGAGAUGUGUAGCGUGAACUGCAACGGAAGCAAGUGUAAAACACAGAAGUGUCAAGGUAACGGAUAUUCAUGUGAAAUGGAACUAGAAUGUAACAGUCAUGAUUGUGACCAAACCUGCGACGCCGAGAGAUGUAACCUGACCUGCAGCGGGAGCCAUUGUAAAACGCAGAAGUGUCAAGGUAAAGGAUAUGCAUGUGGAAUUGAUCUAGAAUGUAACAGUCAGGAUUGUGAACAAAUCUGCGACGCUGAGAUUUGUAACCUGAACUGCAGCGGGAGCCAUUGUAAAAAACAGAAGUGCCAAGGUAAAGGAUAUGCAUGCGAAAUGGAACUAGAAUGUAACAGUCAGGAUUGUGAACAAACCUGCGACGCUGAGAGAUGUAACCUGACCUGCAGCGGGAGCCAUUGUAAAACACAGAAGUGUCAAGGUAAAGGAUAUGCAUGCGAAAUGGGAGUAGAAUGUAACAGUCAGGAUUGCGAACAAAUCUGCGACGCUGAGAGAUGUAACUUGACUUGCAGUGGGAGCAAGUGCAAAACUCAGAAGUGCCAAGGUAAAGGAUAUACAUGUGACAUGAAACUUGAAUGUAACGGUCAGGAUUGUGAACAAACCUGCGACGCUGAGAGAUGUAACCUGAACUGUAGCGGGAUAAAUUGUAAAAAACAACAUUGCACAGGAACAGUACAGAUGUGCAAUAUGCAUUGUAACGCUGGCGAUUGUAUACAGAUGUGUGACAGUACGUGUAACAUCACGAAGACUUGGCCAACCAGUUCUCAUGAUAAGCUAAUGUGCUCUGGAAAUGGUCAAUGUUGCAAAAUCCUCAUGCUGUCUUCCAAGUCAUGGUCCCUCACGACGAGAAUCUUUCAGACCGUCUGCGGCCAAGAUAAAAGCUGCAUUUGCACCAAAUUUCCAAAUAGUCACAGCAUCACUUCAAAUUUAUCCAUGUCGAAUUCCAUUACAUCUAUUGGGGCUUCAACAUUUCGAGUAUUCGCAACUAAAACUUCAACAGGACAUGGAACAGAAACUUACACUCUGUUGCAAUCAAUGUCACAGUCACCUUUAUCAUUAGUGUUACCUUCACCAUUACUAUCAUCUCCAUCACACUCACCAUCAGCAGCGGUGUUACCAGCAGGGGCAUCAGUAUAUUCAUCAGCACUAUCACCAUUAUCAUCAAAGCCAGCAACAAGAUCAGCAUCAGUAUCAGGAUCAUCAACAGCAAUAUCAACAGCAAGGGCAUCAGCAGCAUCAUUGUUACUGUCGUCAUCAUCAGAAACAUCGGCAACAAGAUCAUCACCGUCUCCAUCUCUACGGACGCCUCUGUCAUUGACGCUGGAAGUUGUUAAGAAUCUGGAGGGUAUAUGGAUUUUUGAAGACUUCAUCACUAGUAUCCAAAUCCUUCAAAAACCUCCUCUAAAAGAGGAAAUCGAAAGAAUAAGAAAUUCCAUCUUUAAGGUGGCCGUCGCCUUUGAGGUAUUCGCCGUUAAUUAUGGCAAACACCAAAUGAUCGGAGCGAAUUCUUCAGUGGAGAUAAACAGCCGAAAACUUGUGUUGGCUAUACAAAAAACCUACCGCAAAAAUGCUAGUGACUUUUCUCUUGAGAAACAAGACCUGCAAACGAGCCUGAAGGUUUCCUCUAAAAACUUUGCCAACAACGUAUCAGUGGUUGUUGGGAUCGUGUACAAGGAUCUCCAUGAAGUAUUGAUUACAGAUCAACCCUUCGGAACUAUAACGGGCACCACAUGGUAUUUGAACUCUAGGAUAAUGGCCGUGGCUAUGGAUCCAAAACCAGAAAAACUGGAAGCGAAUAUCAUAUUAAAGUUCAGAAACCUGAAGGUUAAUGAAAGAAAAAAGACAUGUGUGUUUUGGAGGGGCUUUAACAAAAGCUCAGAAGGAUUUUCAGGGAGAGGAUGCUAUGUGGUUGCAUCACAAAGCAACUCAGAAGAAACAGUGUGCAGCUGCAAUCAUUUGACUCAUUUUGCUGUCUUACUUGACUACAACGGCAGCUCAGGGCUCACUGAGGAAGACGAAACUAUUCUGGAGAUUAUCACCUACGUGGGAUUAAGCCUGUCAAUCAUAGGAAUAAUUUUGACAGUUAUUCUAUAUUCCUUCCUUACAGAUGUUCACCAGCCUCUGUCACAAAUACGAUUGAGUCUUUCUGUUGCCCUCGGAGCUGGACAAUUUAUUUUUCUCGUCGGGAUAAAGGCCACAGAAAACGAAGCUUCUUGUAUUACAGCAGCAGCCUUCAUGCAAUAUUUCCUGAUGGCUUCGUUCUGUUGGAUGCUGGUGGAGGGAUUUUACCUCUACCUCUUUGUGGUGAAAGUUUACAACAUCACCGAAAAGAUGCACAUGUAUCACGUCAUGUCAUGGGGUUUACCCAUCGUCACGGUCGGUAUUUCAUUAUGCAUCGCUGCUGGAAAAGAUGGAAUAGAGAGCUUUACUAGUGCUAAAUAUUGCUGGCUGUCCUACACAAACAACCUCAUCUGGAUAUUCGCCGCAUUUAUGGCUUUCGUUGAAGUGCUCAACAUUUUGAUUCUCGUCCGAGUCAUAAAAGAGAUGACCACGCUAGUGCAGCCUAUGGGGGAAGACACUCAUAUCAAGCAGAUACGACUUGGCUUUAAAACAUGCGCGGUGAUGAUUCCACUGAUGGGUAUAACGUGGCUAUUCGGUCUUUUGUCGCCAUUGCACAAAGCUUUCGCCUACAUUUUCACCAUCUUUAACUCAACUCAGGGAUUCCUGAUUUUUUUCUUCCACUGUGUGCGAAACAGCCAGAUUAGAGAGCGAUUGAAAAGGAGGAUGAACGCAAUUUUUCCAUCUUCCGAAGUUGGAAACUCUGCAAGGAAGAGCUCACGAGUUAACGCAAGUGAUGCCGGGAAAAUACGGGCAGUCGAAAUGCAGUCUUUCGAUGCAUAA